UUGAGGUGGUGUUUGUUUUUUAGGAAAAGUGCUUCACAACCACUUUUGUCUUCCUCACGUAGACCACGCGCAGACGUAGGGGUCUGCAACGUGUUUGAUUUUUAGAAGACAAAUCACUCAAAAAGCUCUGCCUGACCAUUUUUUGGUGCAGACAUGGACUACCAUCUUCUCAACUCUUCUAACCUCUUCACAAAACACACAGAACCCUACCCCUCCUCCACCUCCCUUCUUCUUCCCUGCCACCGCCACCACCUCUCCUCCCACAUCACCGCCGCCACCACCUCUCCUCCCACAGCCCUGUCGUGUUGCCGCCACCACCACUCCUCCCCCAAACCGCCGCCGCCACCACCUCUCCUCCCACACCCCUGUCGCGCCGCCGUUCGUCUCCUUCUACAGGCCGCCGCCGCCACCACCUCUCCUCUUCAUAGAUAUCUUGCACCAGACCGGAGAUUCUCUCUCAAUCACCGUCGUUCCGCUUCACCAGUCGCCAAUGGUCUCGAUUCGACUUAUUCGUCUUCAGAGUCUUCUUCUUGCAGACUGCAGAGGUUUGGUCCACCUCUUCUGCUACAGAUGUCUGCAGAUGUGGUCCGUAGACUGCAGACAUUUCACCUCUGAAAAAACAAACAGCACCUGAGAGUCUUCAAAGUCUAGAUCUCUUAUUCAUUAUCUUAGUGGUAAAUGUAUAUAUGUCCCUCGGUUCUAGCCUCAUUUUGAGGCAUUGAGUAAAUCUAGACUGGAGUAGAGUAAUAUCAAA